AUGGGAAUAUGUACAUACAAUGAGCCAACCUACUAUGAGCCACCAUACAAUGAGCCAACCUACUAUGAGCCACCAUACAAUGAGCCAACCUACUAUGAGCCACCAUACAAUGAGCCAACCUACUAUGAGCCACCAUACAAUGAGCCAACCUACUAUGAGCCACCAUACAAUGAGCCAACCUACUAUGAGCCACCAUACAAUGAGCCAACCUACAAUGAGCCAACAUACAAUGAGCCAACCUACUAUGAGCCACCAUACAAUGAGCCAACCUACAAUGAGCCACCUUACUAUGAGCCACCAUACAAUGAGCCAACCUACAAUGAGCCAACCUACUAUGAGCCACCAUACAAUGAGCCAACCUACUAUGAGCCACCAUACAAUGAGCCAACCUACUAUGAGCCACCAUACAAUGAGCCAACUUACAAUGAGCCACCAUACAAUGAGCCAACCUACUAUGAGCCACCAUACAAUGAGCCAACCUACUAUGAGCCACCAUACAAUGAGCCAACCUACUAUGAGCCACCAUACAAUGAGCCAACCUACUAUGAGCCACCAUACAAUGAGCCAACCUACUAUGAGCCACCAUACAAUGAGCCAACCUACUAUGAGCCACCAUACAAUGAGCCAACUUACAAUGAGCCACCAUACAAUGAGCCAACCUACUAUGAGCCACCAUACAAUGAGCCAACUUACAAUGAGCCACCAUACAAUGAGCCAACCUACUAUGAGCCACCAUACAAUGAGCCAACCUACUAUGAGCCAACCUACUAUGAGCCACCCUACAAUGAGCCACCCUACAAUGAGCCAACCUACUAUGAGCCACCAUACUAUGAGCCAACCUACUAUGAGCCACCAUACAAUGAGCCAAUCUACUAUGAGCCACCUUACAAUGAGCCAACCUACUAUGAGCCACCAUACAAUGAGCCAACCUACUAUGAGCCACCAUACAAUGAGCCACCCACUAGAUGUGCAUACAAUGAGCCAACCUACUAUGAGCCACCCUACAAUGAGCCAACCUACUGUGGGCCACCAUACAAUGAGCCACCCUACAAUGAGCCAACCUACUGUGGGCCACCAUACAAUGAGCCAACCUACUAUGAGCCACCCUACAAUGAGCCACCCUACAAUGAGCCACCCUACAAUGAGCCACCCUACAAUGAGCCACCAUACAAUGAGCCAACCUACUGUGGGCCACCAUACAAUGAGCCACCCUACAAUGAGCCAACCUACUAUGAGCCACCCUACAAUGAGCCACCCUACAAUGAGCCACCCUACAAUGAGCCAACCUACUAUGAGCCACCCUACAAUGAGCCACCCUACAAUGAGCCACCCUACAAUGAGCCACCCUACAAUGAGCCACCCUACAAUGAGCCACCCUACAAUGAGCCACCAUACAAUGAGCCAACCUACUAUGAGCCACCAUACAAUGAGCCAACCUACUAUGAGCCACCAUACAAUGAGCCAACCUACUAUGAGCCACCAUACAAUGAGCCAACCUACUAUGAGCCACCAUACAAUGAGCCAACCUACUAUGAGCCACCAUACAAUGAGCCAACCUACUAUGAGCCACCAUACAAUGAGCCAACCUACUAUGAGCCACCAUACAAUGAGCCAACCUACUAUGAGCCACCAUACAAUGAGCCAACCUACAAUGAGCCAACAUACAAUGAGCCAACCUACUAUGAGCCACCAUACAAUGAGCCAACCUACAAUGAGCCACCUUACUAUGAGCCACCAUACAAUGAGCCAACCUACAAUGAGCCAACCUACUAUGAGCCACCAUACAAUGAGCCAACCUACUAUGAGCCACCAUACAAUGAGCCAACCUACUAUGAGCCACCAUACAAUGAGCCAACUUACAAUGAGCCACCAUACAAUGAGCCAACCUACUAUGAGCCACCAUACAAUGAGCCAACCUACUAUGAGCCACCAUACAAUGAGCCAACCUACUAUGAGCCACCAUACAAUGAGCCAACCUACUAUGAGCCACCAUACAAUGAGCCAACCUACUAUGAGCCACCAUACAAUGAGCCAACCUACUAUGAGCCACCAUACAAUGAGCCAACUUACAAUGAGCCACCAUACAAUGAGCCAACCUACUAUGAGCCACCAUACAAUGAGCCAACCUACUAUGAGCCAACCUACUAUGAGCCAACCUACUAUGAGCCACCAUACAAUGAGCCAAUCUACUAUGAGCCACCAUACUAUGAGCCAACCUACUAUGAAUGUGCAUACAAUGAGCCAACCUACUAUGAGCCACCCUACAAUGAGCCAACCUACUGUGGGCCACCAUACAAUGAGCCACCCUACAAUGAGCCAACCUACUGUGGGCCACCAUACAAUGAGCCAACCUACUAUGAGCCACCCUACAAUGAGCCACCCUACAAUGAGCCACCCUACAAUGAGCCACCCUACAAUGAGCCACCAUACAAUGAGCCAACCUACUGUGGGCCACCAUACAAUGAGCCACCCUACAAUGAGCCAACCUACUAUGAGCCACCCUACAAUGAGCCACCCUACAAUGAGCCACCCUACAAUGAGCCAACCUACUGUGGGCCACCAUACAAUGAGCCAACCUACUAUGAGCCACCCUACAAUGAGCCACCCUACAAUGAGCCACCCUACAAUGAGCCACCCUACAAUGAGCCACCCUACAAUGAGCCACCCUACAAUGAGCCACCAUACAACGAGCCACCAUACAAUGAGCCACCCUACAAUGAGCCAACCUACUAUGAGCCACCAAGAUUAAUGUGA